GCCAUUUUGAGUGGGAGACACCAGGAGCCGCACGCAGCGAGCUAACGCUUCGGCCUCGUCCACAAAGCUGAAAUCCUACAUUUGAUUCUCGUGCUUUUUGACGCAAAGGUCGACCCAGAAGACAAUAUAAUUUACGCGUCUUCCGACUGUCGAUGGUCUAAUUUCGCCAACUCAGCGGAGGAGUUAAUGGUGAAACAUGACGCAAUUUCUACCGCCGAACUUGCUGGCCCUCUUCGCCCCGAGGGACCCGAUUCCUUUCCUGCCCCAGCUGGUCAAGUUACCCCACGAGAAGGAGCACAACCAGCCGGUCUGCGGCAUCGCCCCCUAUAUCCGACAUUUUGAGGAUCCCCGAGAUGCUCCUCCACCAACAAGAGCAGAGACUCGGGAGGAGAGGCUGGAGAGAAAGAGGCGAGAGAAGAUUGAAAGGAGACAAGGUGUUGUGGAAACAGAACUGAAGCUUUGGGACCCCCAUAAUGACCCGAACGCACAAGGCGAUGCCUUCAAGACGUUGUUUGUUGCUCGAGUGAAUUACGACACCACAGAAUCAAAGCUUCGCCGUGAGUUUGAGGUCUAUGGCCCCAUCAAACGGAUCUACAUUGUCUACAAUAAAAUAACGGGGAAGCCCAGGGGCUAUGCUUUCAUCGAGUAUGAGCACGAGCGAGACAUGCACUCUGCCUACAAGCACGCCGACGGGAAGAAGAUCGACGGCCGGCGAGUCUUGGUGGACGUGGAGCGAGGGCGCACGGUCAAGGGCUGGCACCCCCGGAGGCUGGGUGGGGGUCUGGGCGGCACCCGGAGAGGCGGCGCCGACGUCAACAUUAAGCACUCCGGCCGCGACGAUGCGUCCCGGUACGACGACCGUCCUAUUGGAGGCGAGCGGGACAGGGACAGGAGAGAGCGCAGUCGCGAGCGCGACCGGGACAAGGACCGGGAGCGUCGGCGCUCCAGAUCCAGAGAGCGCCGCAGACGCACUCGCUCCCGGGACAGAGAGAGGGCGCCAGGGGCCGACGAGACCGGUGGCGGCAGUCGGCGCCGCGAGAGAGAUCGCGCUGCUGUGGCUGGGGGAGACGGUAGGAGUCGAGAGAGGAGUCGGGAUCGAGAGAGGAAGAGGAGGAGCAGGAGUCGGGAUCGUAAGAGGGACCGGGAUAGAGGGAAGGCAGUGGAUGGAGAGGAGGCCAACCAGGGAGACGCCGUGCCAGAGGGAGGGGAGAGGAUGAUGGAGGAGGCAGAGGGGGAAGUGGGGGAGGGCACAGAGGAGCGCAGGGAGAAGGAGCGAGACCGGGACAGGGACCGCAGGCGCAGCCACAGGGACCGAGAGCGGCGCAGAGGCGACCGUGACCGAGACAGGGAGCACAAGCGGGACAGAGGAGAGCGAGACAGGGGUGAGCGCAAGGAGGACCGUCACGCGUCUGUCAGAGAGGAGGCGCCCCCACAAGAUGGCCCGGGCCAAGAGGAAGGCGAGGAGGUGCCCAACAUGGAGGAGUACAACCAGGACGACAUGAUGGAGCCUCAGAUGGUUCCUGCCACCGACGCUUACGCUUCUGGGGAGAACGGCUACAAGAUGGAGGCGCCCGCAGAUGAGUACUAGCCCCCCCACAACCUCCCACCUGGACUCGACAGGUCCUCGGACCUGACCCCCCCUUCUCAACAUCCAGAAUGUGACGCCGCCCGUCCUGCUUCUGUUCAAUCCGCGUUUCACAAAAGUGUUGAUCCUGGCCUGUGCUGAAGGUAGGAGCACGGCUGCGGACUGACUUCGGCUUCUUUUACUUUUUUAAUUUGGUCUCCCUCAUCAAUUAGACCUUCAAUGUUUGAUCUCUGUUCUGUUUAUUCAAUUAAACGUUUUAA